AUGGAUAUUGGUAGGGUAUUUGACACUUGUAUGGAAGGCGAGACACAUGAAGAAUUUAUGUAUGAUGAUGACGGGGUAGAAGAAUUGAUAAAUGCCCUAGAGGAAAACAUUCAAGAUUUUCCAGAAAUGUUAGAGAAUUUGUCUACUGAUGCAAAGAACCCAUUGUAUCCUGGAUGUUCUAAAUUUAGUAGAUUAUCUGGUGUUCUAAAGCUGCUUAAUGUUAAGGCGAGUAAUGGUGUGACUGAUAAAUGCUUUACAGAGUUCCUAGAAGCAUUCCAUGAGAUUCUUCCGGAGGGAAACUUGCUUCCUUCUCGUACUUAUGAUGCUAAAAAAAUGUUAAGAUCCAUUGGCUUAAGUUAUGAGAGAAUUCACGCUUGUCCAAAUGAUUGCAUCUUGUAUCGAAAAGAAUAUGCCUUAAUAGAGAGUUGCCCUGAGUGCAAUGCUCCGAGAUAUAAGAAAAAUAAGGUUCCUGCCAAAGUCAUGUGGUAUUUUCCAAUAAUACCAAGAUUCAGACGCCUUUUCAGUAUUCCAGAAGAGGCUAAGAAUUUGACUUGGCAUGCGGAUCCAGAUGGAAGAGAGAAAGAUGGUAUGUUGAGACACCCUGCUGAUUCUCCACAAUGGAUCAAAAUUGACAAAGACUUCCCUGAUUUCGGAGUUGAACCAAGGAACUUGCGACUUUCCCUUGCAACUGAUGGCCAUGAUAUUGAUGUUUAUUUGGCACCGUUAAUCGAAGAUUUAAAGUUGUUGUGGGAUUCUGGCGUUGAGGUGUAUGAUGCUCACCGUAAAGAAAAUUUCAAUUUAAAAGCCAUGCUUUUUGGCACUAUUAAUGACUUUCCGGCAUUUGGUAACAUGUCGGGAUAUAGUGUUAAAGGUUAUAAAGGAUGCCCUAUAUGUGAUGAGAACACAUCCUCGUUUAGAAUACCUAACUCUAACAAGAUUGUAUACAUGGGAAAUCGAAAGGGGUUGCCUGUGAAACAUCGUUACCGAAAGUGGAGAAAGGCUUUUAAUGGUAAAUCUGAAGAAGUAAAUGCCAACCAACUCCCUAGUAAAGGCUAUAAGAAAGAGUCAGUUUUGUUUAGCCUUCCAUAUUGGAAGAACUUGUAUGUUAGACACUUUCUUGAUGUGAUGCAUAUUGAGAAGAACAUCUGUGAAAGUCUUAUUGGCACACUCCUUAAUGUACCUGGCAAGAGUAAAGAUGGGAAAAGUGCGAGGGAAGAUUUAGCUCACUUGAAAAUUAGAACAGAGUUGCAUCCUGUACUGAAGAAUGGUCGUACCUAUCUCCCUCCGGCAUGCUACACUCUUAGUAGGAAAGAGAAAAAGGUGCUUUGCGAGUCGUUACAUGAAAUUAAGGUUCCUGAGGGAUAUUCAUCUAACAUUAAAAAUCUUGUCUCCAUGAAAGACCUAAAGUUGAUAGGUAUGAAAUCUCAUGACUAUCACAUUCUCAUGGAGCAUCUGUUACCAGUAGCUAUUCGCUCCAUUUUACCGGAUCAUGUUCGAGAUGCUAUCACCAAACUUUGCAUUUUCUUCAGUGAGAUAUGUAGCAAAGAGAUUGACCCUUCGAAGUUGACUAGCUUGCAAAGUGGAAUUAUUGUUACUUUAUGUCAACUGGAGAUGUACAUGUACCCUGUUGAGAGAUACAUGAAGAUUUUGAAGGAUUAUGUUAUGAAUGGAAGUCGACCAGAAGGUUGCAUUGCUGAGCGCUACAUACUUGAAGAGGCCAUUGAACAUUGUAGUCACUAUCUUUCUUCUCUUGAAGCUGUAGGGAUUCCAAAGUCUAGACAUUCAGGAGGGGUGGAAGGGAAAGGGAUUAUGGGAUCCAAAGUGUUAACUACAUCUCAUGAAAUGUUGAAUCAGGCACACUUGUAUGUUUUACACAAUAGUCCUGAGGUUGAUUCAUACGUGGUGAAACACAUGGAUAUCUUGAGGAGCAACUAUCGAGGUAAGUCUGAGAAAUGGAUCACCGAUAAACAUAAUUCCACCUUCAUUGAAUGGUUGGAAGUUCAAGUUGCGGAUGAGCUAGCUAAGUCACCAUCGAACAUUUCUGAUAGAUGGAAAUGGUUGUCUCGAGGUCCUCGUAGGGAUGUAUUAUCAUAUUCUGGCUAUCAAAUUAAUGGUUAUACCUUUUGCACAAAGGAUAGAGACAAUGAGAUUACAAAUCAAAAUAGCGGGGUGACUAUUGUAGCACAAGCUAUGCAUAUCUCCAGUGCAAAAGACAAAAAUCCAAUAUAUGCAAAAAUGUCUUAUUAUGGGGUGAUUGACCAUAUAUGGGAACUGGAUUAUAGUGCUUUUAGACUUCCUAUAUUUUUUUGUAGAUGGGUUGAUAACAAUAGUGGUGUUCGAUUCGAGAAAAGACAUGGGUUUACACUUGUUGACCUUAACAAAACCGGUAGUAAAGAUGAUCUAUUCAUAUUGGCAAGUCAGGCAAAGCAAAUUUUUUAUGCUACUGACCCGGCUAAUAAUAGAUGGUCUUUUGUUUUAUCAACAAAUAAACGACAUCCCUUUCAGAAUAAUGAAAUAGAUGAUAUGGAGGAUGCUUCUUUCUUGUGCCCGUUAGGCCCUCUCAAUACUGAAGCCAAUGAUCAUGCCAUCGAAAAUGAGUUCUAUAUACGCGAUGAUCAUACAGAGGGGAUAUGGGUAGAUAAUUCAGAACCAUCUUCUACAACCAAACAAAAGAAAAGAAAACUUUGA